AACUUGGGGAAUCCUGCCAGCAGUGAUCUAAAAGCUGUUGUGUUAAAAGACGAGCCUGCCUUUACUUUCAAUACCAAGUCAGAAGGUGACAAACACCAUCUUGACGCCCUACCCCUUUGUGCUUUGCUCUCCACAGCUCAAAGAACUUUUGCAGCAGCUGGAGAUGAUGUCUAAAAAACGCAGGCAGCUAGAAGCACAAUAUUGCAACCUGCAAGAAGAGCUGUCUGCUCUGCGUGGCUCUCAGGAAAAACUGGAGAAGACCAAUGGCCAGCUGCAAGAAGAGCUCAAAGAACUUUCGCAGCAGCUGGAGAUGAUGUCUGAAAAACGCAGGCAGCUAGAAGCACAAUAUUGCAACCUGCAAGAAGAGCUGUCUGCUCUGCGUGGCUCUCAGGAAAAACUGGAGAAGACCAAUGGCCAGCUGCAAGAAGAGGUGGCAUACCUCAAAGAUCUCCUGAAGACUUCCAAGACACGGGCAGCCUCCCCAGACAUGCAUGAACUGUCAAGAUCUCCUCCUUGUGCUUCUCCGAGCAAGAAGCCAACGCACAGAAGCAGACAUGCUGACUCUGAAGAGGACGAUGGAGGGAGAAAGACACUGCAAGAGCAUACUUUUCCAGAUGAGUCCAUUGAGGCAAAACUGGAAAGGUACAAGCACUACUGUCAGGAGGAACGAAAGCUCAGAAGACUUCCAGAGAAAAAACCUGCAAAGAGCUCGUCAGAGUCUAGACAAAAACAAGCUAAGCUCCACCCGAAGCACCACUGAAGCCUGCGUGCCUAAGCUGAACAUUAUUACAGACCAGAUGAAGGUGGAGCAGAGGACGUCCCAGUCCAGAAAACAAGGCGGUUCUGUGCAGAUAACAGCCCGCCUUUAAUUCCAAGUUCUGUCGCCCA